AUGACAUUGAGAGAGUCAUUGAGAGAAUAUGAUGAGGAGAGGGGCAUUGGUUGUUCUAGUGGUAGUAGGUCUGCAAGUUGUUCUGCUAAUCAACAAACUAGACUUGACAGGUUCUAUCGAAGUCCAAGUGUUUCACAGGGUCCUUUUGACAUAGAUCUGGCACAUAGUAGGGCACAAGCACAGCCUCGGGUGGACAUCAUGCUUAGGGGCGGUAGCAGAGAUAAGCUAGGAAAAGCAUUGGCGAAGUGGUUUCACGCCAAUGAUAUUCCAGGAAGAAAAGCAGAUUGUCCAUAUUUUCGAUCAGCCAUUAAAUUGGCACAAGAAUGUGGACAAGGGGUGCACAUCCCUACUGGAAAGGAAUUAGAUGGCAAAUUUUUGGAUAUGAACUAUGAAGAUAUGGAGGCUCAUAUGGCCAAAUUCAAGGAUGAUUGGAAGGAAUAUGGUGUUACUGUCAUGUGUGAUUCAUGGACAGGUCCUACCAUGAUGUGCAUUAUUAAUUUCAUGGUAUAUUGCAAUGGAAGGAUGUUUUUUCACAAGUCUAUAAAUGCAACUGGUCGUGUUCAAAAUGCAGAAUUUAUUUAUGAUUGUAUUAGAGAGGUGGUUGUUGAUGAGAUUGGGGUGAAGAAUGUCAUUCAAAUUGUUACAGAUAAUGGGUCCAACUAUAAGAAGAAUGCCACUAGGUUCGACACCGUCUUUAUCUUCCUUCAGAGUUUCUGGGAUAGACAAGAUAAGUUUAUGCAAUGGAUGGUGUCUGAUGAUUGGAAAAACAACGCAUGGAAAGAUGAAGCAGAUCAUGCAUUUACUUAUGAUUGUUUGUUAAAUAGAAGAUGGUGGAGUGACAUGGAAUUGGUGUUGAAUGCUGUCACACCAAUUUAUACUGUGCUUCGCUAUGCUGAUCAACAAAAAAAUGCAACUAUAGCUGGAUUUCUUCCAAAGAUGAUGACAGCCAUGGCUCAAAUACGUGGUAAUUUAAGUAAAGAGAAAGAUCUUCUCGAUAGAAUAAUUAGAGUGAUCAAGAAGAGACUAAAAUAUAUGCUUGAUGAUACUCUCAUUGUUGCAGCUGGUGCACUUGAUCCUAAAACAUUAUAUACGACUAAGCUUGCAAGAAAACCAUCUACUAGACAUGCAGUUACAUUGGCUCUUAAGAAGCUUGCAAGCUCAUCUAAGAUUGCAUCUGCUGCAAUUGAGCAAUAUGCUUUUUUCUGUGAAAAAAGAGGAUUAUUUGCAGGGGAGGAAGCCGAACGUUCAGCAACUAAUGGACGCAUGAGUGCAGCUGAAUGGUGGAGUGCAUAUGGAGGAGAGUACAAAGAACUACAAAUGCUUGCACGUCGGAUUGUUUCACAAUGUCUAUCCUCUAGUGGAUGCGAGCGAAACUGGAGCACAUUUGCAUUGGUCCAUACCAAGCUGAGAAAUCGUUUGGGUUAUGAGAAGCUCCACAAGUUGGUUUAUGUCCACUACAAUUUGAAAUUACGAAUCCAACAUUUCGAGAAUGACAUGCAAAGUCUUCAAGAAAUGCAAGUCUUCAAAGAUACUGAGUUAGAUCCAUAUAGUGUUAUGAUAGAUUGUGCUAUGUAUGAUGAAGGUAACCCAAUCAUGGAUUGGUUGUGCAACUCAAGGAGUGAGUCUACGCCUAUUCUUGAUGAGUAUGAUGACAAUGAUCUUGAAUCUCCAAUCCUAUCUAGAGUUCUCAUGGAUGAGUUUGGAAUGGAUUUUAAUACAAGAGAUGGUAAGAAGAAAAGAAAGGCAAGACUUGUGGAUAUUGAGGAAGAAAUGGAGGACGAUGUUGAGUCAGAUUCUUCAGAAGGUAGCCCAAUAAAUGUUGAAUUAUGUGAUAGCAGUUCAGAUGAUGGCACAGGUGAUGAGUUUGGUGACGAAUGGGAAUUUAGAGGACCUAGUGGUGGUGGAGCAUGUGAAGUUGGACCUAGUGGUGGUGGAGCAUGUGAAGUUGGAGCUAGUGGUGAUGGAUCAAGGGAUGGUGCUAUGCAUGAGCAAGCAGCUCCAAAUCCUCCACUUCGUCCAAGAUCAACACGGCUAAAGAAAGUCCCUGUGAAGGAACUUUAUAAGGUUAGACAAACAUCUGGUCUUUGUAUAUGA